UUGUUCUUCGUGUAGCGAUCUGCGGAGGCACAAUAUCCUGUUUGGAAACGUUUUCCGAGAGCAACAAUCGUCAUGGCGUAUCAGGGCUCUCGGUAGAGGCCCAGUUGUUGUUUUGUUCACCAGUUCUGCCGUGGUCGUGUGUUUUAACGGCAGCCAGAAUGCCCAUCUACGACCGCUCAUCAGACCGAAACCCCGACGGUGGCAGAGACCAUAGUCCGGGCCGGACCAGAGACAGGAGUCCCGGCCGGACCAGAGACCACAGUCCCGGCCGGACCAGAGACCACAGUCCCGCUCGUCCCCGGCGGCGGAGCAGGUCUCGGUCCCGCAGUGGAAGCCACGGAGGCCGAGAUUUGUCUCCGGACUACUUCGGUCCAAAACUUCCGAAGCCCCGAAACAGGGAAAGGGAACGAGAAGAACACGAGCACCGGCUCCAUGAGGCCCGGAACAUCAAGAGGAUCCGCAUGGGGAGCCCCCGCCGGAGCCGCUCCAGGUCCAGGGAGAGGCACGGCCAAUGGACGGAGCAGCGGGGCGGGCCGAAUGACUACUACGACCAGCAGCGGGACGACGCGCAGCGGCAGCGCCAGGAGGCCUUCAUCGCCAGGCGGCUACAGGAACGGGAGAGGAUUGGGGAACUGGGCUCCCCUGAAGUGUGGGGGUAUUCUCCCAGAGUCAAGGAACCAGACUCUGACGAAUUCACACCCGUUGAAGAUGUGAAAAACAGCAGUUCAGAUGACAGCUCAGACGACGAUAAGAAGAAGAAGAAAAAGAAGAAGAAGAAAUCCAAAAAGAAGAAAAGCAAGAAGCACUCAGAAGACAGCGGGUCCGGGUCAGAUUCUGACGAGGAAGAAGUGAAAAAGAAGAAAAAAAAGAAGAAAAGCAAAAAGUCAAAGAAGUCCAAGAAGAAGAAGGUGAAGAAGAGCAAGAAGGCGUCUAGUGGUUCCAGCAGUGAGGAGUCCGGGGGGGAGGAGGGCGAGGAGGAGGACGAGGACGGGGGGCUGGUGUGGGUGGAGAAGACCUGCAUGGACGAGAACCUGGUGGGCCCUGAAGCCCCGCUGGCCCAGAUGUCUCAGGACGACAAACCUCUCGAUUUCGGCCACGCCCUCUUGCCGGGUGAAGGUGCGGCCAUGGCGGAGUACGUGAAGGCGGGAAAGCGUAUCCCGAGAAGAGGAGAAAUCGGACUGACCAGUGAUGAGAUCGCCAACUUCGAAAAAUCUGGCUUUGUAAUGAGCGGUAGCAGACAUCGCCGUAUGGAGGCUGUGCGUUUGAGAAAGGAAAACCAGAUCUACAGUGCGGACGAGAAGAGGGCGCUGGCCUCCUUCAACCAGGAGGAGCGGCGGAAGAGGGAGAGCAAGAUCCUCUCCAGCUUCAGAGAGAUGGUGUACAGGAAAACCAAAGGCAAAGAUGAGAAGUGAACGGUGCAUCUCAAGCUUUGGUUCUGGGUUUGUCCGUCGCGGUUGUAUAGCAGUGUUUUAUAGUAAAAGCCCACAUGCAUUGUCCAGCCUAGAUUUGUAAGCAAAUUCUAUUUUUUUGGUUUUUAAAACUGUACUGUGCUGACAUUUUUUUUGCUUUUAAUUUGAUUGGACAUUUGUACUAGUAUGAGUCAGAUUGGCUCACUAUGGUAUGAAUACUGUACUGUCAAUUCUAUUUAGCAAUUGGUUGUGGGCUUAUUCUGCUCUUUACCUUGUGUAAAUUCCCACACAUUCAGAAACCCAGUGGUUAAUAAAUUCUUGAAUGUACCCCCAGCUUCCUUUUGGGUUAAAACUCUGCCGUUAUUGUUCUUUAAUGUUAUGUAGCACAUGAUUUAUCCUUUUGUUUUACACCUUUUUUUUAUUUACAAAAAGACAGCUUGGAGGUAGAGCACAAUCAUUUUGAGAAGUACUAGAGUUGUGUCUGGUCGAAUUAGUUCAAAGGUUGGCUCAAUGGCCUCGGGCAAAUAUUAAUCUGAAUCCAAACUGAGGGAUCUUGACUGAUAAAAGACAAAAUGUAUUUUUAUCCCACAUAUUUAAUUUUAAUGAAAACAAAUAUAGCUCUAAUCAAUCAGAGCUGCUACACCGAGCAGGUGACACGCAGCAAUCCUGCUUGAAAUUUUAGUUUUGCUUUUGGCUUUACUAAAUCACAUUAGUAAUUAAAAGGAAAAAAGUCAAUGCAGCAGUGAUCCUCGAUUUAGGCAGGGAAAGAUAUGUACUAUUUACUUACUUCUAAACAUUGGAAUAUUUGGAAUAAACUUGUCUGAAAUUUGGAAUGUUUUAUUAGGGCCAGCCCUACUAUUCAGAGAUUGGAAGUAAAAGUACGAAUACUUAAGGUUACUGUUCUUAAGUAGGAUAGUUUUCAUGCAUCUGUAAUUGAAUUAAUUUCUCACUGCUUUUGAAUAUUUCUCCCUACAUUUACACAUCUGUAAUUUGUACUUCUUACAUUUUCAAACCAGGUCCAUUAUCGAUUAAUUUAUUCUGCAUGCUUACGUGCCUUCCCAAAAGGCUUAAUUAGACCUGAUGGUGUUGUGUUUUGAUCACUUUCAAGUUCAGUAUCUGACAGACAACUGAUUGGCACAAUGGAUAAAUUUUGUAUUUCUUGAUUUGUUUUUUUAGUUGAAGUUAGAGUGGGUUACGUCUCUUGAAUAAUAUGACGUGAAGUACUUCUACCAGUAUGUUUUUCUUCUUUGUCUACUACUUGAGUAUACUUUUGCAACUGAUUUGGGGUCCCACCUUGAUAACAGUGGAUUAGUCAGGUAGAGGUACAUUAUGUGAGGUUAAACUAUCGGUAAAGGCUUAUAUUUCAUGAACAGGUCCCUCCAUAGGGGUAAUGGUGGUCCCAAUGCAAACAUCCUCUUCGUGGCUUGCAACUUUAAUCGAGACUACUGAGUGAAGAACAGACGAUCUAAAUCGUAUUUGACAUGUGUAUAGUGUUAGAAUUAACUGUACACUUGUUUGAAGGUUUAAACAUAUUUAUUAUACAACACAUUUUUGCAGUGACAUCUUGCCGUUCUCAUUGAAUGUUUUCAAGUCCCUAAAAAAAGAAGAAAAUAACAUCAGUUUUCAAACACGUUUUGGGUGAGGUCCUGCAGGCACCAUGGGGAGUCAGACGUUACCUUGGAUUGAUGGUACUCUCCCUUCCCAGACACCCUCUUGUCCCUCUCCAUCAGAUACCACUGGUACGGGACCCGGGCUAGUCUCUUCUCCUGCAAACACAAACGUCUCAUCUUCACAAACAGUUUUAU